AUGUCGUUCCCUCCUUUCUAUUUCCCCAGAGGAGCUUUCACUUCAGUCCCCGCUUCUCAAUCCGCGAGUGCCCUCCACGCGCCGCCAGGUUUCAGCCCAAUGGCGAACCCUAAUUUGCAGCCGCAGCACCCUCUCUCUAGCUCCGGUCAUCAGUUCCCUUUCGGCGAGCAGAGGCAUCAAGAGGAUUUCAGCCACAUGGGCAUGGCGGCUUCUUCUCCGCCGACUAUGCAACAGCCGCAGAUUCCUCCUGCGACGGAGCCGGUGGUGAAGAAGAAGCGUGGACGGCCGAGGAAGGAUGUGCCUGAUCAUAAGACUGAUCUUGGGCUCUCUCCGAUGCCUUCUUCUGACAAGUCUAAGGACUCUUGUUCAAUGUCUGAUCCUAAUGCACCUAAACGAGCUAGAGGUCGACCACCAGGAACCGGGAGAAAGCAGCGCCUCGCUAAUCUCAGUGAGUGGAUGAAUUCUUCAGCUGGACUUGCCUUUGCACCACAUGUGAUCAGUGUUGAAGCCGGAGAGGACAUUGUUGGGAAAGUCCUCGCGUUUUCACAGCAAAGGCCAAGAGCCCUUUGUAUAAUGUCAGGAACAGGAACAGUUGCUUCAGUGACGCUAUGUGAAUCCGGAUCCUCAGUGCCUACUCGGUUUCUUCAGGGGCCUUUUGAGAUGCUAAGCUUAGGAGGAUCUUACUUGGUGAAUGAAGAAGGCGGCCCUAAAAGCCGAACAGGCGGUAUUAGUGUCUCUCUCUCCAGCUCCAAUGGUUUUGUGAUUGGUGGCGGUGUUGGAACUCUUACUGCAGCCACUCUCGUUCAGGUUGUGGCGUGUAGUUUUGUAUACGGAAGUGCAAAGGCUAAAGUAAUGAAGCAAGAAAACGGCUCAAAGGAAGACAACAACACCCAAAAAAACGACGACGUGGAGACACCGGACAGUGAAUCGCUGCCACCAGAAGCAGCAGCAGAGGCAGCAGCGGAAGCGGUUCAGACGCCGCAAGACUUCUCUUCUCCGGGAUGGUCAGGAUCUGGUGGUGGCAAGAGAUCAAUUGACUCGAGAGACGACAACCAUCUCACUGAUAUUGACUUGACUCGUGGAUGA